CAGUAAACAGUAUUUACUGAUGUUUACACAGUAGCAAAAUAGAAUUUAAACUAAUCAUAAUUUCGUCCUACCUCAUACUAAUUAUUUAAAUAAAAAUAAAUAUUUAUAACUAUAAAUUACUUUGACACGCUAAUUGCUAUCAUAGCACCCGAUUCGUCCGUCAAUUAGUAAUAAAAAUUAAUCGAGAUGUUUCGCACCAGCAAGAAAAUAAUAAUAUUCGGAUGUGCAUGCGCCAGUGCAUAUGUCUUCUAUUAUUACUGGAAAAAACGCCAAUUAAAGUCUAUUGACGAAGGAUUUGAAGAAGUCGCCAAGAUUGAUGACAGCAAUGAAAGAAGAGUUCUAUUACUUGGAUUGAACAAUGCUGGAAAGAGUUCUGUCAUGAACCAAAUUGUUUCUAUUGAGGACAAAGAUAAUGUUUACAGUGUUCCGCCGAAAAAAACAGAUGGUUUUGCUGUUUAUUUAUUGAAAAACAAAGAUUUUAUUUGUAAUGUUUGGGAAAUUGGAGGAUCUGACGAAGUAAGAAAACACUGGAAUAAUUUUCUCCAAGAUACUGAUGUCCUGAUUUUUAUGGUCGACGCAAGUGAUGCUAAUCAACUAUCUCAGGCUGUUUUAUCUCUCAAAGAAAUUUUAGGGGAUAGUAGGAUGGAUAAUGUACCUAUUUUAGUAAUUGCUAAUAAACAAGACGUUCCAGAUGCACUGAAAGCAGAUCAAAUAAAACGUGCGCUGGAUUUGCACAGCAUAUCACCUCACAAACACAAAGUCGAAGUGAUAACCUGCCAAACGAUGCCUAUUCCAGAUUCAGCGAAGAAACCUGGUACCUCUGAAUACUCCUACUGUCACCCAAGUAUGAUGAACGUCAGGAAGAAAAUAUUCUCCCUCGCCUCGGCGACUUAGACGCUCACAUAUCAACUUACUUUACUCUAAACUAAAUUUAUUUAUCUAAAUAAAU